GCCACCGCGGCGUCACACGCGGGCGGCGGGCGGCGGGCGCGGGGCCGCAUCCGCAUCGGCCGCUGCGGGGCCGCGAACAAAGAGGUGGAGCCGAGGCGCGAGAGUGAAGUCUGCAAUGGGUGUUACAUGAAUCGUUUUAAGGGGCUGCAUACAACUAUGACAUCUGCGAAGCCUGUUUCUCAGUAAAGCAGAUCAAGAUGGAUGAGUCUGCCUUGCUGGAUCUUCUGGAGUGUCCUGUGUGUCUAGAACGCUUGGAUGCAUCGGCCAAGGUCCUGCCUUGCCAGCACACGUUUUGCAAACGAUGUUUGCUGGGGAUCCUAGGUUCCCGGAAUGAACUUAGAUGUCCUGAGUGCAGGACGCUGGUUGGCUCUGGGGUGGAGGAGCUUCCCAGUAAUAUCCUGCUGGUCAGACUUCUGGAUGGCAUCAAGCAGAGGCCUUGGAAACCUGGCCCGGGUGGGGGCAGUGGGACCAACUGCACAAAUGCAUUAAGGGCUCAGGGCAGCACGGCUAACUGUAAUGCCAAGGACCUGCAGAGCUCCCAAGGUGGACAGCAACCUCGCGUGCAAGCCUGGAGCCCCCCGGUGAGGGGUAUACCUCAGUUACCAUGUGCCAAAGCAUUAUAUAACUACGAAGGAAAGGAGCCUGGAGACCUUAAAUUCAGCAAAGGAGACAUCAUCAUUUUGCGACGACAAGUAGAUGAAAAUUGGUAUCAUGGAGAGGUGAAUGGAGUCCAUGGCUUUUUCCCCACCAACUUUGUGCAGAUUAUCAAGCCGUUACCUCAGCCCCCACCACAGUGCAAAGCACUUUACGACUUUGAAGUGAAAGACAAGGAAGCAGAUAAAGAUUGCCUGCCAUUUGCCAAGGAUGAUGUUCUGACUGUGAUCCGCAGAGUAGACGAAAACUGGGCUGAGGGAAUGCUGGCAGACAAAAUUGGAAUCUUUCCCAUUUCAUAUGUGGAGUUUAACUCGGCUGCCAAGCAGCUGAUAGAAUGGGAUAAGCCCCCCACUGCAGGAGGGGACGCAGGAGAAUGUACCUCGGCAGCGGUCCAGGGCAGCGCGGCCCCCAAGCACUCCGACACCAAGAAGAACACCAAAAAGCGCCACUCCUUCACCUCCCUCACCAUGGCAAGCAAGUCCUCCCAGGCCUCCCAGCACCGCCACUCCAUGGAAAUCAGCCCCCCCGUCCUCAUCAGCUCCAGCAACCCCACCGCUGCCGCCCGCAUCAGUGAGCUGUCUGGCCUAUCCUGUAGUGCACCUUCUCAGGUUCAUAUAAGUACCACUGGGUUAAUUGUGACCCCACCCCCAAGCAGCCCAGUGACCACCGGCUCGGCGUUCACUUUCCCAUCAGAUGUUUCCUACCAGGCUGCCCUUGGAACUAUGAAUCCGCCUCUUCCUCCACCCCCUCUCCUGGCUGCCACUGUCCUGGCCUCUACACCACCGGGCUCUGCUGCUGCCGCCGCCGCUGCUACUGGAGUGGGACCAAGGCCUGGGACGGGACCCACUGACCAGAUUGCACAUUUACGGCCUCAGAGCCGCCCCAGCGUGUAUGUUGCUAUAUAUCCAUACACUCCUCGGAAGGAGGAUGAACUAGAGCUGAGAAAAGGGGAGAUGUUUUUGGUGUUUGAACGUUGCCAGGAUGGUUGGUUCAAAGGGACAUCGAUGCAUACCAGCAAGAUUGGAGUUUUCCCUGGCAAUUAUGUGGCACCAGUCACAAGGACGGUAACAAAUGCUUCUCAAGCUAAAGUCCCUGUGUCUACUGCGGGACAGACGAGUCGAGUGGUGACCAUGGUCAGCCCUUCUAGUGCAGGAGCGCCUGCCCCGAAGCUCCAGGGAAAUGGUGUGGCUGGCAGUCCCAGUGUGGUUCCCACGGCCGUGGUAUCAGCAGCUCACAUCCAGACAAGUCCUCAAGCUAAAGUCCUGUUGCAGAUGACUGGGCAGAUGACCGUCAACCAAGCCCGCAAUGCUGUGAGGACAGUGGCAGCACAUAACCAAGAGCGGCCCACGGCAGCGGUGACACCCAUCCAGGUUCAGAACACCACCUGCCUGGGCCUUGCACCUGUGGGCCUGCCUCAUCACUCGCUAGCCUCCCCACAGCCUCUGCCUGCUAUGGCAGGUGCUGCUGCUGCUGCUGCUGCUGCUGCGGGCGGUAUCAGUAGGGCCAGCGCCCCUCUGGCCUCCUCGAGCAUCACCGCUGCCUGCCUGGAAACGGAACCCAGUGGCCGGACGGUGACCAUUCUCCCUGGAUUGCCCACAUCUCCCGACAACGUUUCCUCGGCUUGUGGGAACAGUUCCACAAGCAAGCCAGACAAGGACAGUAAAAAAGAAAAAAAGGGGUUGCUGAAGUUGCUUUCUGGAGCCUCUACCAAACGGAAGCCCCGAGUGUCCCCUCCAGCGUCACCCACCCUGGACAUGGACCUGGGGGGUGGCGAGUUGUUCUUGCAGGGAGCGGUGGGUCCUGAGCUACCCUUAGGCGGCAGCCAUGGUAGGACCAACUCCUGCUCCAUGGAUGGGGAAGGAACCGCCACUGGAGCCGCAGGAGCAGCCUCCGUCCAGGAUGCCUUCCACCGGAAGACCAGUUCCCUGGACUCCGCAGUGCCCAUCGCUCCACCUCCCCGGCAGGCCUGCUCCUCCCUGGGUCCUGUCCUGAAUGAGUCCCGGCCUGUCGUUUGUGAAAGGCACAGGGUAGUGGUUUCCUACCCUCCUCAGAGUGAAGCAGAACUUGAACUGAAAGAAGGAGACAUUGUGUUUGUUCAUAAAAAACGAGAAGAUGGCUGGUUCAAAGGCACAUUGCAACGUAAUGGGAAAACUGGCCUGUUCCCAGGAAGCUUCGUGGAAAACAUCUGAGGACACUGACACUGAAAAGGCUUAAAAUCACCCACACAACAAAAUAGCACAAAGCAGUUUCGUGGAAAGAGCACAUCUGUGGACUUCCAGGUUGUCAGAAGCUGAGGGAAGGGUUGGCAUGUGACUCCACAGCUCCCCCCAGCACAGAUACCCCAAUGACAAGAACAAAGUAUCUGGAUGUCUUUCUCA